CAGGUUCGUCGCCGUUAAACCAAACACCAACACACGUUCCGACCAAACUGGGAUUCUAUUAUCACUUUGGUCUCUGUUCUUCUGAUGUAUACGAAGAUAUCAUUGUUACACAGAAAGAGUUCUUCACUCUCCAUAGCCAACGAGAAAAGGAUCCAUCAAUUUCUGAGGAAUCUCUGCACGGCUGUUGAAAGGUUAGACUUUGGAAACUCUAAUGAUUCGUCAGAAAUGAACCCUAUAGAAGGGUUUAAUGGAGGAAGCCAGAACCGAACUGGGAGCUCUGGAGAAGUUAGUGAAAGUAUUCACACACAAAGUCAGAGUUGGGGUUCGAAUCAGGGAAGAAAUGAGCAGUCAUGGAAGCAGAGUCCUAGUUUGUCUAAUUCUCAGGUCCAAUCUCAAUAUCAAGGCAAUUGGUACGGGAAAAAACCUGAUUAUAAUGGUGUAGGAUCGUCUUGGCAUUCAGGUAAGACUAUUGAUAGCGAGGUAUAUGAAAUGAUUUUGGAAUUUGAUGAAUAUUGCAUACAAGAGAAUGUAAGAUUGGCCUUAACGACUAUGGAAAAAUUGGAGAAGAAGGGUUACGUUAUGGAUUUUGUUAGACUUUUAAGGUUAACACAGCUAUGUAUGGAAGAAAAUGUUUUUUACGAAGUCAGUGUUUUAGAAGACGCCAAGGUUUCUGUUCUAGGGAAGAUCAGAGCUUUAGUUUACAAUUUAGAUGCGAAUUAUUUGAAGUAUUAUACUGACAUCAUGAUUAAGGAAUUUGACGAAUUUUGCAAGCAAGGUAAGGUGAAAAAGGCAUUGUAUACUAUAGAUACAUUGGAAAGCAUGAAUCAUGUUGUUGAUUUGAGUAGACUUUUACGGUUAGCGAAGCUGUGUGGGGAAGCAGAGGGUUUACAAGAGGCCAAGGUUGUUCAUGGGAAGAUUAGUUCUUCCGUUAGCCAUUUAGAUAGACUACGGCAUUGCCCUUCCAUUGAAGACUAUGUAAGCCUUGUUGAGAUGUAUGCGUUACCCGGAUUUUUAGAUGAGGCUUUAGAGUUUGUGGAGAGAAUGCCGAUGGAGCCAAAUGUUGAUGUGUGGGAAACAUUGAUGAAUCUUUCUCGAGUCCAUGGGAAUUUAGAACUUGGAGACCGGUGUGCUGAAUUUGUUGAAUUGUUAGAUCCUACACGGUUGAACAAACAAUCUCGGGAAGGAUUUCUACCUGUCAAGGAAUCAGAUGUUGAGAAAGAGAGUCCUAAAGAAAAGCUAUUGAGGAAUCUAAAGAUGCAUAUGGUGGAAAUGGGCUAUGUCGCUGAUACAAAACCUGCUUUGCAUGAUAUAGACCAAGAGAGUAAAGAGACAGCACUUCUUGGUCAUAGCGAGAGAAUAGCUUUUGCUCGUGCUGUUCUUAACACCCCGCCCCGUAAACCUUUCACUGUGAUGAAAAACCUUCGUGUGUGUGUUGAUUGUCAUAACGCAUGGAAGAUAAUGGGAGUUAUAGUUGGUAGAGAAGUGAUCAUGCGAGAUAUAAAGAGAUUCCACCAUAUGAAAAACGGGGCUUGCAGCUGUAAUGACUAUUGGUGAUUAACAACAAACCUUGAGGUGUGUUCUAUAGUAGUGUCUACGUUGAAAAUGUUUUGUCUCUUCUUUUCUCAUAGAUCAUCAUUUUUGUUUUAUGAAACAGAUUUAUCUUGCCCUCCAGAUCCGAUUCUCAGAAAUACGUUCUCAUAAUGUCUGUGAUUGGGAACUUUGGCAGGAUGGAAAAACAUAAAGCAAAGAGUCACAC